AAGCUCUUAAUUAUGGCACUUAUCUGGAAUAUUAAGUGGUUUUGAAGACUGGAUGGAAAGAUGGAGAACAGCGGAAGCAAAAGCUAUGUACCAGCAAAUCUGACUAUCUACAGAGUCAAACUCAACAGCUCAAACUCGAGCUCAGAGUUCACUGGUGUCCAGCUGAUACAGUCAUACAAGCCUCUCAUCAUACCCUGCUACACUCUGGUGGUACUGAUAGGCAUAUUUGGGAACUACCUUCUCCUCUAUGUUAUUUGGAGAACCAAAAAGAUGCACAAUGUCACCAACUUCUUUAUUGGAAACCUGGCUUUUUCUGACAUGCUUAUGUGUGCCAUGUGUGUGCCCUUCACUCUUGCCUAUGCCUUCAACUCCCAGGGCUGGGUGUUUGGAAAGUUUAUGUGUUACUUUGUGUUCCUGAUACAGCCAGUAACAGUAUACGUUUCUGUCUUUACCUUGACGGCCAUAGCAGUAGACAGGUACUAUGCAACCGUGCAUCCUUUAAAGAAAAGAAUAUCUGUGACGACCUGUAUCUAUGUGCUUGGGGGGAUAUGGCUCCUUUCCUUUGCCUUGGUUGGGCCAGCCAUUGCUCAUACCUACCACAUAGAGUUCCAACAGCAAGGUUUCGCCAUUUGUGAAGAAUUUUGGUUUGACAAAGAGACAGAGAGGCUGGCCUAUGCUUACAGCACCCUGAUCAUUACUUACAUCCUUCCCUUGUCUGCAGUAUCCCUGUCAUAUAUUUGCAUCACUGUCAAGCUGAAGAACAGAGUGGUCCCUGGCCAUCCUACUCAAAGCCAGGCAGAGUUUGAUAGACUGCGAAAAAGGAAGAUAUUCCGGCUAAUUGUGCUGGUGGUGACGGCCUUUGGGAUCUGUUGGCUUCCCAUUCACGUUUUCAACAUCAUCAGGGACAUUGACAUCAACCUCAUCAACAAACAUUAUUUCCUGCUAAUUCAGCUCCUCUGUCACUGGUUCGCUAUGAGUUCAUCUUGCUGCAACCCCUUCCUGUAUGCCUGGCUUCAUGAUCGCUUCCGCAGUGAGCUCAAGAAGAUGUUUACCUUUAAGCGUAAAAUAAUUCCCACCAACAACUGUGUGGCAGUCAGUGUGAUGCUCUGAUGUUAACCACUCAAUACUGUGCACUUAUAGCCAUUCAUUUCAAUCAUUUAACACAGA